AUGUCCAUUCUCAAGAAUGGAUAUAAACGACCUGGGAAGGAAGGACAAUCUAUUGAACAACCCACGGUGAACCUUUAUUUCAGGGAAAAGGAAGCAGCCCUACUUGAAGAGGUAUAUAAUACAUAACGAAAUACAUGUAUGCAGCCCCAAUUUCCAGUCACAGUAUUAAAAAUAAAAUCCGUACAUAAAAAAGUUUGUAAAUUUUCUUAUUAUAUUAUCACCCAGAAAUGGCGAGGCAUAUCUUUAAGUUAAGUGGGACUAUCAUUAUAAUUAGAAAGGUUCGACAAUAUUACGGUAUAAUAUUAGGUGUGAGAACCAAAUGCUAGACUAUUCCUGAAUGAGAAAUGUAUCAAUUUAUGUUAAUAAAUGACCUACCACUGAACAAUCUUGUCUGUCACUUGAAAAAAUUCGCACUUGGAUUGACGGUAAUUACUGAUGGAAAAUGCUGCUUUGUCGUUAGGUAAUUGUACAGUAUAUACAAUCAUUCUGUGACUGUCAAGCAUUAAUAUAAGACAAUCAUAUUAUGAACUCAUAAAAAAAGAUCAUUAUGCCAACAAACAAGCUAGCAAUGGAGAAUAAUAUUUCCCUUCAUAAUGCGGAAUAUAUAACACAGGCAAUAUGCAAAAAUAACUAUUUGUUAAUUUCUGGUUUUAGAUUUAUACUGGACGUUAUCUGCCUCCUGCUGCACGUGGAGUGACUCAAAGCGAUGACUACCUACGCAAUCUGACGCCAGGGGCAUUUGUUGCUGUCAACACUGCUAAUUACAAGACGUUCCCUGUGAUUGGAAAAGUUUCUGAAGUAAGAGAGGACGAGACUGAACUGGAAUAUUGGCAAGGAUCGUAUACAAAAUCAUGGCAACCCCACCUUCUAACAAGGAAUAAGGAAAAAAUACCGUGGAGCGAUACCUUGCCAAAGCGGUCUAUUAUUGUAUGCAACUUUUUUUUCGACGAAAGUGGAAAACUUCAGGAAAACACACGCAGAUCGAUUCCUUAA